GUGAAAGUGAAAAUGUAAUGGCCAUGUCAAGUAACUUUCAGUUCAAGUCCUGGAAUUACCCCCGCUCUGUGAAAUGAAAUGCAAAAGCACAUAUCGUCCUCUCACAGUGAAUUCGAGAAGAGAAAGGAAGACGAGCUGACAUUUUUUCUGUUGGGACUGACUUAUGAUUAAAAGCCUCUGAGGACAGUUGAUAAUGAGUGGCUCACUCCUGCUUGCACAGUCUGUUCUUCCAACCCCACUGAAGUGCCCCAGUUGCCACCAGACUGGGGCCAGAAAGGUCAAAGGUCAGUGUGCUGUGUGUAAGCGCUGCUCCGAGACCCUGCGCCGUGUCUACCAGUUCUGCUGGGCCUGUGGGAGGGAGUGGCACCAGUCAGGAGGAACCCUGGAGGGCCAAGGGGUCCAUUUCUCCUGCCCUCUGCCAGGCUGUGCCCUCAGGGCUGCCCUCCUCUCCCCAGAGGUCAUUGUUGAUCCAAGCAGUUCAGCCCAGGGAUGCCCCUUCUUCAGGGCCUGUCCUCACUGUAAGGCCAUCCUCACUCACACUGGAGAGGGAUGCCCCAAUAUCAUCUGUCCACACUGCCAAAAGGAGUUCUGCUUCCGCUGCUUGAAGAAGGAGUGCUAUGAUUAUGAAGAGGAAGAUGAUGAUGAUGAUGAUGAUGAUGAUGAUUUUGAGUAUCCUUUACCAUGCACUGUGGUGGAUAACAGUCAGUCUCUCAGAGAGUUGGAACUGUAGGGGCUAUGCAACGGUCUGUAGAACAUAAUUUACGGCCUCAUUCAUUACCACUUCCAAAAGGAAAUCAUCUUGAUUGUAAUUACUAUUGGAAUUAUUACAUUAGUUCUAUGG